AAACCCCCAAAUUCCAAAACCACUGUGGGGUUUUGGCAUCAUCGUCGUUCAAUCUCCGUUAAAUUCCCAGAAACAAAAAUCCUCACUUCAUUUUCUGAGCAACCCUUCAAAACCAUUUCGAUUUUGCAAACUUGAGCUUCAUAAAAAUGCAAUCUUUAAGUGCGGGACUGCGGUUUCUCCAUAGGCAAAGCUCAAAGAUGGCUCAUUUCAGUCCAAUCGGAGCAAACCCAUUUCGCGGCGGUGCUGGGUUUAGCGGCUCCAUAGCUUCCAAUGGAGUUGGGUCUCUCUCCAAGUGUUCUUAUCAUUCAUGGGCUGCAUUCGCUAAAACAGGCUCUCAAACUGAGACAUUGACAUGCUCGAGUAGUGCCAUGCUACUUAGGAGUCCUCAACUAGGCUUGUUUCGAUGGACAGCAGUUUCACCACCUUUCCCCAGCAGGUGCAUGACAACAGUGGGUAAUACGGUUGAAUCAUCAACCCAAAAUUCAAUGACUGAGCUUGAUGCACCUCCCCGCAUCAAAUUUAAGAGGCUUGAUAAAACUGCCAAGCACAUAAUGCAGAUUCUAGAUAAGGAAGCUGUACAGGAAGUGAGGGGGCAUAGAGAAAUACCUGAUAUAAAGCCUGGUUAUAUCGUGCAACUCAGAGUGGAAGUACCCGACAACAAGCGGCGUGUUUCAGUCUUGAAAGGCAUUGUGAUAGCAAGACGUAAUGCUGGUCUAAACUCUACAUUCAGAAUCAGGAGGCUAGUUGCUGGAGUCGGGGUUGAAUCUCUCUUUCCACUGUAUUCGCCUAACAUAAAAGAGAUAAAGAUAUUGGACAAGAAGAAAGUGCGGAGGGCCAAGCUUUACUAUCUGAGGGACAAAAUGAAUGCCCUCAAGAAGCAAUAGUGAUCCAUUUGCCUAGUGGGAUAAAAACGAUGUUCCCUAUGAUGUCCAUGUAUGACUUAGGUCGGAAACUACCUUUUGUUUCUUUUCGUUGAGCAUGUUAGAUCUUUGAUCUUUUUCAAGUCUGAAAUUUCUGGAAGAUGCGAGGGUAAAUGAAAUGCCAGGCAAAAAUUUUAUACUUGUUGACUUUGAACUGAGCUUGAAGAAUGUUAUCAAAAUUGGCAUAAAUGUGUUUCUGUACAA